AUGUUGACGCACCGCAGCUUGCUUUCCGGCUUGUGUUUGCUAGCGCUGGCGCUCGCGACCAGCAAUGGAUCCCGCGCACAGUCGCGCAGCUCGCCAGUGAUCGAUUGUGGAGCUGACUGUGAGGUGACGAGCAUUCUGCAGCGCCGACUGUCGCGUGGGUCCGCCAACAGCACGUCAUCAUUGAAACGUCUGGUGGGACUGCAGCCACAUGAGGAGCUGGAGCAACAGAUGCCCUUCCUGGCUGGGCCAUGCCUCGCUCGGUUCCUCGCUGCGGUGCCUCUGACGGCGCUGGCGGCCGUGCUCACGGCCGCGCUCUGGAGCCUAGUCUCCCAUGCCAUGCGUUCCGAGUACUCUGACAUCCCUGAGGAGGUACCGGACCGAUUGGCAGAGUUCGUCUCGAAGAAUCUGUGCAUGGCCUCCCUGUGGUUGGCUCUCCAUUCUGUCGUGGCGGUGUAUGCGACCUACAUCGGCAGUGGGAAAGCAGCAGCUGUGACAUUGUGCGUCAUUUGUGGGGGCGCCACCGUCUACGAGAUUUUUGUCGAGCCUGCAGUCAGAGCGUUGGAGGACAAGAGGGCCGGCGCCGCUCAUCUCUGGGAAGACACUCCCAGCGGUGCGUCCCAAAUGCUGCUCUUGCAGAUGACCAUCAUGCUGACCCUCCUGACUGGCCAGCAGCGGGGUUUAGUCACUGCCUGGCUUCUGUCUCUGCUGGGCGCGGUACCCACCGUCUACUUGGCCUGUGAUCUUUGCUGGAAGCCUGGUCUGCCUACUGCACGAUGGGCCGCCAUCAGCGGCCAGGCAAUCCUUCUCGCAACGCUGACGCGCACCUACUUGAGGACUUCGAGGUUUGUCUGCGACUGGGGCCCAGAGCCCUGGGACGUGGCCGGAAAUCCGGAGCUCUCAAUCGCCAUGGCAGCUUUCGUUCUCUUUGUCUUUGGCCUCUUUUCCGCGACAUCGGGCAAACCACGAAGGCGGGUUGCCUUCAUCUCGCUGUUGGCCGUGAUCUCCUCGCCGGGCGUGUCCGCUCUCACGGGCAAGGUGGUCUUGUAUGGGCCGUGGGCAAUGUUCUCCGGUACUCACGAGGGGCAUCGCCUUUCCGUUGCAGGUUACGCAAUCUUCGGCUUUGCUGUUCUGGUGUCUGCUGCCAUCGCCUUUCUGAGACGCGAUUGCUUGGGCCUGGACUGGGAUCGGAGUGGGCAGAGACCAUCGCUGGCGCUAGUGCGAAUGCUCGUCCCUUUCUGGCUCCUCUGCAGUUCUCGCUGGGGCUACUCGAUGCCCUUCCUCGAGUGGCACUAUGUCGGCCCUUGGGGAGACAGCCUCGGCCCGGCUCUUCUUAUCGCCUCGCUAGCAUCGCUGGCUUUGGGUGCUUGGUCCCAUUUAGGGGCGCUGGUUUCCGCCACGGGCUUCUUCUUCGGCCUCGCUCGACUGGAGUUCGAAACCGACUCGCCGGUACGGUGCAUGACGAUGCUGCUCCUGAUACUCGCCUACACUCCGUGUGAUGGCUGCUUCAGUGUCGUGCGCCACAAAGACCUUUCCUUGUGGGCCAAGUCCUUGUUCCGCCUUCACAUGAGCUUCCUCUACUUCUGGGCCGGCCUCUUCAAAGUCCAAGGAGACUGGCUGAAGCUGGACGGGGGCACUUUGUACAAGGACAUCCAUUUGCUGCGGGACUCGCCCCUCCAUGGCGUUCUCAUGUUUUUCCUUCGCACCGAGGGCGCCGUGCGCGCAGCCACCACGGCAACCGCCUGGUUAACUGUUGCUAUCGAGCUCCUACUCGCCUUUGCGCUCUGGAAGAAGUCGUGGCACUUGCCCGCCAUCAUUGGUGCUGGAUUCCUUCAUUUGGCGAUGAGCUGCAUCUGCGGCGAGUUGGGAGGCUUCACCCAAGCCGCUUGGAUCGGUCUUCUUGGAAGUUUGGAGGACGACCGCUUGGAGAAGUUCCUUUCGAACUCGCGCAACUUCGCUGUCACCGCCGCGAGCUGCAUCAUCGUCAUGGCACUCAUCGGUUGGGCUUUCUGA